AUGUUGCCCUGCAUGUGACUUGUGGCGCGAGAGGGAAGGUGUAAGUAUAGAAGUGCCUCUCAAGAAAUCAAACCUCAACCUCAGCCUAGCCAGCGCACGGAGCAACUAAGAAAACAAUAUGACUGUCUGUGGGUGAGAGAGGGCUAGUCUCGUUGGCUGUUUUCCUACAGGGUUUUAUAUCAUCUCUUCCUGCCGAGUACGCCAUGGCACAACCCCCUCCCCCCCUUAAUCGAAAGUCGUCUGCGCCAUGGGAUCGCCUCCGUCCUGUCAAACAGGACCCCUUAGAAGCUAUGGGUUUCGUUUCAAAGGGCGACAAUAGACUUCUCGAUAUCAAAACUCAAGAGACCUUCUACAACAAGAUUGUUGCUCGCUAUAUGCAAUUCUGCACACACUAUUCCAAAGACCUCGACACUGCUUUUGCCUCCUUAUCAUUGGAUCAAGGUCCGUCCUCUUCUUCAGACUCGGCUCGCAACCCCCCAGUUCGGCCUAUACCCCCGACGGCCAAUGGCCCAGCAUCUACCCCUCGAGAUGGCCCGCCACUUGCACCUCCACCACAACAUGUCCGCUCAGGAGUUGCAGCGCCAUCUUCAGAGCUAUCGGCCAUAUUGACCGCAUUACGGAAGCUCAGAGAAGGCUUACUUGCCACUUCUCGUAGCGCUCCCUCUCCCAUCUUCUCUCAGCGAGUACACGUCUUCAACAUCCGUGUGGCCAUUCUCGCAUUCCACCCACCCUCAUACCACGCUUCCUUGCUCCAUCUUCUUUUCGUUCUUCACACCCCAGAAUAUCCACUCCCACGCUCAGAGCUUGUCGAGAUGACUACCUAUCUGAUCCUUGAUUUCGCCACUCGACAGAACGACAUCUCCAGUGCUUAUGCAUUGAGGUACAACAGCCGUGCUAAGUUUGGGUAUGAUAGUCGUAUCACCGACGAGCUUUUGAGGUCAUUCGUCAAUAACGACUGGGUCACCUUUUGGCGAAAUCGAAGGAGAGUCGAUGGGUAUGUCCGUGCCAUUCUGUACUGGCACGAGGAAACCCUUCGAAGGCUUUCCCUAAAGGCCAUUGGCCGCUCUUACCUGGCUUGUGAUAUGAACUGGAUCCUGGAUAGUGCGACAGGAGGCGAAUGGACUUGGCAGCAGCUAGUUGAGGUGGAAGACGUGGGUUGGAUCCGGGAUGGAGACAGAAUCACCAUCCGAAAGCCCAAGGCAAGAGUCGCAAACUAGGAUAUUGAUGCAGAUCACAUGCAGGUCAUUCGGUUCUGCAAGUGGAUAUACGGAAAUCUCCAGAUCAGCAUGUCACCGCAGCCUGAAAUCGAAUACUCUGUCGUCUUCUUCCAGGGUCGAGACCGAUGUUUGCGUAGUCUGGAUGCUCAGCCCUGUACCAUAACGUGGC